CAUCUUUUUGUUGUUAAACGCGACCCGCGGACUAAAUGACUCUUUUGUCGUGUGCAUGAUGUGAACUGGUCCUCCCGUGGUUGUCCCUCCAUGCUUACCUUUAUGUGUGGCUCCCUGUGGAGCAGCAGUCAUUGUCCUUCACUCCUCCAGCUUUCCUUCAGUGCUCCUUUCUCACUGUAAAUCCUCUCUCACGUCAUCGGGAUGGAACGGACAGUGUGCAGAGGGACAGAUCACGCGUUCUAUGGUCUGAAUUGUUCCACCCGGUGAGUUUUACUGUGAGUUGCUGCUGAGAACCCGUCGCACAAACGUUGCUGUUCUAGCACGUUGGUAGAGGGCGUAGGGGUCGUCCUCCACCCUCCAAGCUGCAUGCUGCCAAAAGGAGCGCGUUGGAAUGCGUCCGCCGGCGUUUGGAACCUCGGGGACGUCCUGGCCGCCACGGGCAGUGUGGAGCCAGCACGAGGACUCAAACCAGCUCACUUUUUUGAAACCGUUUCAUCCUUGGUCCUUUUGUUCCUCCCACGUGCUGCGGUUCACCAGGAGACUUGUGGCUUCGAUCGUCUCCUUAGAUGAACUAAUGUGGCGGCGAGAGUGAAAUCUACCACGCGGCCCUCGAGUCCGACCGGCAGCUGACUGGGAGUCAUUUAAAAUGUCCUCAUAUGUGACGCAUGCCAGACACCGUCCGUCGUCCACAGCGCUGCUGUUGCGUAACUGGGGGAAGUAAUGCUGCCAGUUCCCUGCUGCACACACUGCAGACGCCUCUGAAGACUUCCAAAGCAAACUGAAACUGGCCUCCUAGCUGCACCUGAUCAAGUGGCACCUGAGUGUAGUGUUUGUCAACCGAAGCUUGGCCAUGGAGAAGAUCAAGUGUUUUGGCUUUGAUAUGGAUUACACGCUGGCAGUGUACAAGUCCCCCGAGUACGAGUCGAUGGGCUUCGACCUGACGGUGGAGCGCCUGGUGUCCAUCGGUUACCCGAAGGAGCUGCUCAACUUCGUCUACGACCCGUCCUUCCCCACCAGGCCGGUGCACGUGUCCACCCUGUCCCUUCAAACGGACGCGUUGUCCUCUCUGUCUCUGACACUGUCCGUCCUUCUCAGGGGUCUGGUGUUUGACUCAACGUACGGCAACCUGCUCAAAGUGGACGCUUACGGCAACAUCCUGGUGUGUGUGCACGGAUUCAACUUCCUGAAGGGACCCGACACCCGAGAGACGUACCCCAACAAGUUCAUUCAGCGUGGAGACACCGAGCGCUUCUACAUCCUCAACACGCUCUUCAACCUGCCCGAAACUUACCUGUUCGCUUGCCUGGUCGACUUCUUCAGUAACUGCUCCAGAUACACCAGCUGUGCGACCGGCUUCAAAGACGGGGACCUGUUCAUGUCCUAUCGGAGCAUGUUCCAGGACGUCAGAGACGCCGUGGACUGGGUUCAUUUCAAGGGCUCCUUGAAAGAGAAGACAGUGGAAAACCUGGAGAAGUACGUGGUGAAGGACCCAAAGCUUCCUCUCCUCCUCAGCCGCAUGAACGAAGUAGCCAAAGUGUUUCUGGCCACCAACAGUGACUACGGAUACACAGAGAAAAUCAUGACCUACCUGGUGGACUUCCCUCACGGCCCGAAGCCGGGGACCCCCCAUCGGCCCUGGAAGUCCUACUUUGACCUGAUCUUGGUGGACGCUCGCAAGCCCGUGUUCUUUGGAGAGGGAACGGUGCUGCGGCAGGUGGACACUCUCACGGGCCGGCUGAAGAUCGGCACGUACACGGGACCCCUGCAGCACGGCAUCGUUUACUCUGGAGGCUCCUCAGACAUGGUGUGCGACCUGCUGGGCGCUAAAGGAAAGGACAUCAUCUACAUUGGAGACCACAUCUUCGGCGACAUCCUCAAAUCCAAGAAGCGGCGAGGCUGGAGGACGUUCCUGGUGGUCCCCGAGCUGGCCCAGGAGCUGCACGUGUGGACCGACCAGAGCGCCAUGUUUGAGGAGCUUCAGUCUCUGGAAUGCUCGCUUGCAGAGCUCUACAAGCACCUGGACAGCAGCAGCAACGAGAGGCCCGACAUCAGCUCGCUGCAGGGACGCAUCAAGAAGGUGACGCAUGACAUGGACAUGUGCUACGGCAUGACGGGGAGCCUGUUCCGCAGCGGGUCCCGACAGACGCUGUUUGCCUCCCAGGUGAUGCGCUACGCCGACCUGUACGCCGCCUCCUUCAUCAACCUCCUCCACUACCCCUUCAGCUACCUGUUCAGGGCCGCGCACGUGCUGAUGCCCCACGAGUCGACAGUGGAGCACGCCCGCGUCGGCGCCGUCCACGCCGAGUGCCCGCUGGCCACGCGCGACCGCCGCCUCCAGGACGUCGAGUCCAAGCGGCAGCAGCUGACCAGGUCGCUCAGCGAAAUCCAGCCGCCCCACUUCUUCCCUCAGGCCCCACAGGAGAUCACGCACUGCCACGACGAGGACGAUGACGAGGAGGAGGAGGAGGAGGAGUAGGGGGAGCAGAGCAGGGGGGGGUCUGCAGAUCAGGGUCACGCCCACCUUGUAUUGUUUAAGGAGAUCUUUGUUCUUUGCGUCCUGCCUGCUGAUUGGUCGAUCCCUUUGACGUAGAGAAGAUUCUAAAAGGGACACGUCACCCUGGAGACGCCCACGCCCGCCCAUAGCCUUUUUUGGGAGCAUAUUCCUUUUUGUUGUUGUCAUUUCCUUUUAGAACGACAUGAAUACACAAAGAGAAGUGAUUCUAAAUGUCCGCCCGCCUCAACAGAGCUGGAGACGAGGUGUCCGGAUCAUCUCGUCUUUUACGGUUUGUGCUAAACAGCAGCUCAUGCAGGGGGCGGAGUUCUACUUUCAGUGAUAAAAGGGUUCUUCUCCAGCAGAGAGCUUUGCAAUGUCCGCCGCCGUGAGUCAACAGGAAGUCGCUACCAGCUUAGAGGAACGCCACCGCCUCAGAGGUCUCACCCUGAAGUCCCUCCUGUAACAUCCUAUGUCUGCAUUACACGGUCUCAAAGGAGAUAUUACACCAUUCAUCUCACUUUGAGUUGACGCAUGACAAAUAUUGUCUGCCUACAACACGGGGGCUGGAAUGCUGAUAGAAAUACUUGAUUUAAAUGAAAAUAAAGGUUUUAUUGUGGUCGGGGCGGCGUGAUGACAGCGCUCACAUGUACCAACAUGCACCAAAUGCAUUGACUUCAUGUAAGACUUUUGGGUUGUGAACCGCAUUUAUAAAUGUUUACUGAAUAAAUCAAGAGAGAAGUA